GCUACCGCCCCUUUGUUGGCUCAGCGACGGGAGCUGCACGGUGUCUCCAGGAGACCGGAACCGGGGGAGGGGGGGUUGUCGUGUUUCUCUUGUUCCUACGACUGGGAACAUGGACUCAGACGAAGGCUACAACUAUGAAUUUGACGAUGAAGAGUGCAGCGAUGACAGCGCCGCCGACGAGCCUGAAGAUGAGUUAGAACUUGCCGAUGUGGAGCUGGUGGAAGCUGGACUUGGCGGAUCUGAAAGAGCCGGGAUAUGCGGAGAAGGAGGUGGAGGUGUCCUUGGACCUGGUCCUGGUGGGGAAGAAGAUGACGACUACAGAUAUGAGGUCCUCACUGCCGAGCAAAUUCUACAGCACAUGGUGGAAUGCAUCCGUGAAGUGAAUGAAGUCAUCCAGAAUCCAGCCACCAUCACGAGAAUACUCCUGAGUCAUUUCAACUGGGACAAGGAGAAGCUAAUGGAGAGGUAUUUUGAUGGCAACCUGGAGAAACUCUUCUCAGAAUGUCAUGUCAUAAACCCAAGCAAGAAGUCUCGGACACGACAGAUGAACACACGGUCCUCUGCCCAAGAUAUGCCCUGUCAGAUCUGCUACUUGAAUUACCCAAAUACAUAUUUCACAGGCCUCGAGUGUGGUCACAAGUUCUGCAUGCAGUGCUGGGGUGAAUAUUUAACCACCAAAAUCAUAGAGGAAGGAAUGGGACAGACCAUUUCCUGCCCAGCUCAUGGUUGUGACAUUUUAGUUGAUGACAAUACAGUAAUGCGUUUAAUCACAGAUUCAAAAGUAAAGUUAAAGUAUCAGCAUCUAAUAACUAAUAGCUUUGUAGAGUGUAACAGACUAUUGAAGUGGUGCCCUGCUCCAGACUGUCAUCACGUUGUUAAAGUUCAGUAUCCAGAUGCCAAGCCUGUGCGCUGCAAAUGUGGCCGUCAGUUCUGCUUCAAUUGUGGAGAGAAUUGGCAUGAUCCUGUAAAAUGUAAGUGGCUCAAAAAAUGGAUUAAGAAGUGUGACGAUGACAGUGAAACAUCAAAUUGGAUUGCAGCUAACACAAAGGAGUGUCCCAAAUGUCACGUUACCAUAGAAAAAGAUGGAGGCUGUAAUCAUAUGGUGUGUCGGAACCAAAAUUGCAAGGCUGAAUUCUGCUGGGUGUGCCUGGGUCCUUGGGAGCCCCAUGGAUCAGCUUGGUAUAAUUGUAAUCGCUACAAUGAAGACGAUGCAAAGGCGGCCCGAGAUGCACAAGAGCGAUCCAGAGCAGCCUUACAAAGAUAUCUGUUCUACUGCAACCGCUACAUGAACCACAUGCAGAGCUUGCGAUUUGAGCACAAGUUAUAUGCCCAAGUCAAGCAGAAGAUGGAGGAGAUGCAGCAGCAUAACAUGUCAUGGAUUGAAGUACAGUUUCUGAAAAAGGCUGUGGAUGUACUGUGCCAGUGCCGCUCCACACUUAUGUACACGUACGUCUUCGCAUUCUACCUCAAGAAGAACAACCAGUCUAUUAUCUUUGAGAAUAAUCAGGCAGAUUUAGAGAAUGCAACAGAAGUUCUUUCUGGAUAUCUGGAACGGGAUAUUUCACAGGAUUCUCUUCAAGACAUUAAACAAAAAGUACAAGAUAAGUACAGAUACUGCGAGAGUAGGAGGCGAGUUCUGCUGCUUCAUGUGCACGAAGGUUAUGAGAAGGACUUGUGGGAAUAUAUUGAGGACUGAGCCGUCUCCACAGACCAACCUCUGUUGCCACCUGACACUAUAUUUCAAAUCCCAUUAAAUGCAUCUCUGUCCCAUGAGGCUGGUCCCCGCACAUUCAGCCGUCUCCUUUUCAAUUUCUUGCUCUCAUCUGUUGCGCUCCUACCAGAAUGUUUUUUUUUUCCCCCCCCCCCCCCCUUUUAUUUUUAUUUUUUUUGGUAACAGAAAGUUUAAGUAAAUUAUAUUGUAAUAAUAAAAAGAAAGCAGUUAGCAGAGGCAGUGGUUUGACAGUAUUGUAGGCUUAUUUAACCCCUUGGCAGGUAGUGACUGGGAAAGCACUGAUCUGCAUGUAAAACUGUUUGAUAAGGCAUUGCUAGUUACUUUGAGUACCAAGGGGUUAAAAUGUGUGCAGCACCUCAGCUAUUUGCAAAUGCUUUCUCCUAACUGGCUUUGCCAUAAUCAGGCCGAUUGCCCUUCCACUCCCCCCCCCCCCCCUCAAGAACUUGUCCCUUUGUUCUUUAUAUCAUCUUGCCAACCUGUUUUCUGCCUAUGUCUCCCCCCCUGGUAAUCCAGUCUGCUUUUUCUGCCAGUUUCUGCCCCUUUUCUCAACUCCCUUUUUAUCUUCAGACUGUCCCUCAGCACCUUUUCUAUUCCUGGGUUGGAGCUGAACUGCUUUGAAAAGUUGAAAAAAAUAGAAGAAAAAACAAAAAAAAAACUAAAAAAAAAAAGCUUUGUACAUGACUUUUAAAAAACAAAAUGAGAUUAAACUGAACAGAAGACAGCAGUAUUUU